AUGGCUUCGCGACUGGUGCUGGUCCUAGGCGACCUCUUCAUACCAGACCGAGCUUCAUUCAAGAAACUCCUCGCACCCGGAAAGAUCGGCCAGAUCCUCUGUCUAGGAAACAUAACCGACCGCGAAACGUACGAGUUCCUGCGCGCCAUUGCACCCGACCUACAGAUCGUCAAAGGCGACUUCGACGUGGAAGCGCCUAAUCUCGCCUUAUCGAAAGUUGUCACACAUGGUAGUCUGCGCAUAGGCUUUACACAUGGCCAUACAAUCAUACCACCGGGCGACGGCGACAGUCUGCUGAUAGCGGCGCGGCAGAUGGACGUCGAUGUCUUGCUAUGGGGCGGCACACACAAGUUCGAGGCGUAUGAGAUGGAAGGCAAGUUCUUUGUCAACCCGGGGAGUGCGACAGGUGCUAUGAGCACGGGGUGGUGGACGGAGGACGAGGAUCCCACGCCGAGUUUUGUGUUGAUGGAUGUCCAAGGCGACGUCCUCGUACUCUACGUCUACCAACUACGCAAAGACGGCGAAGGCAACGAAAACGUCGCAGUGGAGAAAGUCUCGUUCCGGAAAAACGGCGGCGGCGCAUCAUAG